AUGACCAAGGGCGAGAUUCUUCACGUUCAUAUGGGCCAAGCUGGUGUCCAGCUUGGUCAAUCUGCCUGGGAACUGUAUCUGCUUGAGCAUGGUCUCGGCCCCGAUGGCCGCCCCGACCCAAACGCAAAGGAUAUUGGCGACCCGGGCUCCUUCGAGACCUUCUUCACGGAGUCGAGCAACGGCAAGCAUGUUCCGCGUGCCCUCUUCGUUGACCUCGACCCUUCGCCCAUUGACGAGCUCCGUACCGGCCCCUACCGCCAGCUCUUCCACCCCGAGCUGCUGAUCAGCGGCAACGAAGAUGCCGCCAACAACUACGCCCGUGGCCACUAUACCAUUGGCAAGGAGAAGAUUGAUUCCGUCAUGGACCGCGUUCGCCGCAUCGUUGACAACUGCCACUGCCUCCAGGGUUUCCUCAUCUUCCACUCUUUCGGUGGCGGCACCGGUUCUGGCUUCGGUGCUCUUCUCCAAGAGCGUCUUGCUACUGAGUACGGCAAGAAGGUGAAGCUCGAAUUCGCCGUGUACCCUGCUCCUAGCAUUGCCUCGGCCGUCGUCGAGCCUUACAACGCCGUUCUCUCUACCCACAGCACCAUUGAGAAUUCCGACUGCACAUUCCUCGUCGAUAACGAGGCCGUCUAUGAUAUCUGCCGCCGCAACCUCGGCAUUCCCCGCCCCUCCUACGAGCAUCUCAACCGCCUGAUCGCUCAAGUCGUCAGCUCCAUCACCUCGUCGUUGCGCUUCGACGGCUCUCUCAACGUCGACCUCAACGAGUUCCAGACCAACCUGGUCCCUUACCCCCGUAUUCACUACCCUCUCAUUAGCUACGCGCCAGUUGUCUCAGCUGCCAAGAGCUCCCACGAGAGCUUCAAAGUCUCUGACCUCACCUUCCAGUGCUUCGAACCAAACAACCAGAUGGUUGUCUGCGACCCCAGAAACGGAAAGUACAUGGCUGUCGCUCUGCUUUAUCGUGGUGACGUUGUUCCUCGCGACUGCAACGCUGCUAUCGCUGCCGUCAAGGCCAGGGCCACCUUCAACCUUGUUGAGUGGUGCCCUACUGGCUUCAAGCUUGGAAUCAACUACCAGAAGCCCAUGACAGUCCCCGCCGCUGCUGAAGAUGGUGGCCUCGCCGAGGUCGAGCGCUCCGUAUCUAUGCUCUCCAACACCACUGCCAUUGCUGAGGCCUGGUCGCGACUUGAUCACAAGUUUGACCUCAUGCACAGCAAGCGUGCCUUUGUUCACUGGUACGUUGGUGAGGGUAUGGAGGAAGGUGAAUUCACAGAGGCCCGUGAGGAUCUCGCUGCCCUGGAGAGGGAUUACGAGGAGGUCGCCGGAGAUAGCUUCGAGGCUGAGGAGGAGGCUGAGUACUAA